CGUUUGUACCUGGCGGGAGCGUGCCCCGACUGUUGUUGUCUCACUGUCGACAGUAGAACAAAUACAAUGAGCACCAGUAGCUUUGUCGGCAUGGGUCUGGCCCUCGUCUUCGUAGUCAUUAUAUUUCAAGGCGCACCUUCCGUGAGUGGUCGCAGCGUUCCCAAUCCUUCUCGCAACAACACCAGCGGAAAUGAAACUGCCAACAACGUGACUAACUGUAACAAUACUCAAGGAAAUGGAACGAGCGGAAACUUUACGGCAGGAUUUCCGUUUUGUGGAAACAGCACAGGUGGAAAUAACACCAACGGAAACUUUACCUGGGGCAACAACAGCACAAAUGGAAAUGGCACAAGCGGAAAUGUUACUUCAGGUAACAGCACAAAUGGAAAUGGCACGAGCGGAAACUUCACCUCAGGUUGCCCAGGCUACGGAAAUGGCACUUCAGGAAAUAUCACUAACGGCAACAUUACCUGGUGUAACAGCACUCAAGGAAAUGGCACGCAAGGAAACGUGACAGCAGGUAGUCUCUCCUUGUUAGAGAUCGAAUGUCUCUAUUUACGGAAUAUGUCUUAUGAUACUUGACUUUAAUUGUUCUUGCAAGCGCGUGUAU